AUGGCUCCUCCAACUUCGCUGUGGCCAGAGUCAACCCUGACUCCACCAGAACUGGCGCCAUACACUACAGCCACUGACAGCGCCCUCAACAUCAUUGGCGUUGGAGCACAGUUAACAGCCUUCGUCCAUGCUUUCUUCAGCACCAUCGCUGCUGCCCUAGCCGUAGCUGACGGCAAAAUCAACAAGUCAGAAGCGGAGUGGGCCUUUGACCUCUUCCAGGGAAACAUGCUCUUUUUUGUCGCUGCUGCAAUAACCACCAUUGCUCAAUUUGAGAGUCUAAGCCCUUCCAAUGUUUUGCUCGUCCUCCAGCUGACAUGGGUUCUCGAGGGUCCACUUAUUCUUAGCUAUAGCAUCGUCAACUGGGCUGUCAAGAAGGCGUUACCUCAUCUUUCAAAUGAUCAUUUUGACCUUCCACUUCUAUAA